ACAUUUUGAGAGCCGGUGCGUGUACGUCAUCGACGACAUCCAAAGCCUCUCCUUAUUCAAUUAUUAUUUCGUGCUGUUGCCUCUCCCUGCUGUCAACAAACCAUAUCUUGGACUUGACUCAUCUGUGCCUGAACACCCAAAGCUCAUCCCAACAUCCAGACAAGAACAGCCGUGACAUCAAAGAUAUCCUCGCAACAACACCGGCACUGGGAAAAGAAUAGCCCUUGCCACUUGGAAGAAGACAAUAAUGAAGACAUUCUUGCCGCCAUCCUCCCUUUUGAUGAUCUUCCUGUCAAUUCAAGAAGCUACAUCCCUUGCUGUCAAUUCACCCCGACGAGCAGGAAGCCUAGACGAUCAAUCGUUGCCCCAGAGUAGAUGCCGAACUACACGAAAAGACUUUUUUAUUGCUUUGGGCACUACCUUCGGUGCUUUUAGUGCCGUUCCCGGCAUUACGUUGGCUGCACCACCUAAGAAGGUACCGCCGUAUAUCCAAGAGCGAGGUUCCUUGGAAUCAGGCCUGGGGCCAUGCCCGGGUCAGCCCAUGAAAAAAUGCUGUUGGAGUACAGAAGAUACAGAAGGUCGUCGCGUAGAACGCUGGGUGCCUCCAACGCCGCUACAAGGAAACCCUGAAGCGAUUGCAAAGGUACUGGAAGACACCAUGGCGGCUUAUCCCCAAGAGGGGCAAAAUGAUGUCGACAAAGGAGGCUGGCAGCAAGCAGAACGCAACACAGAUGGGAAAGGCAGCACGUACCUGAGAUAUGAGUUUACAUCUGGCAAAUUCAAGUAUAUUGAUGAGCUUGAAUUGCUUGUGGAGAGCACCGGCAAGAUAUCCGUACGGACAUCUUCCCGUAGCGCCGGGUUUGAUUACAAUGUGAAUUCCACAAGGCUCAACUAUAUUCAACUAGCACUUGAGAAUGAGGGAUGGAAGGUGAAGCUAGUGUAGCCAACUUUAAAAAGCCAUGUUCUGUCUAUUUUGUCGACCGGUUGUGCCUCUUGUACAGAUUCGAUUCGUUAGAUUUCAUGGGCCUUGCUGCUGCUGUUAAUGUAAGUGUUUUCUUCCUCUUCUAGCUACGCUGUACCUACAUGUAGUUGUAGAUUCUUUUCUAUGGAUGUAUGAGUAUAU